CGCCCUGCCUGCCUUGGUUGAAUUCACCUAUCCGAGCUAUGUCCAUAUGAUUCACCUCCGUUCGCCCUUCCUGCCUCCUCGCUCUCUCCUUCGCGCAUCUCACCUCCCGUCCCGCACGACAAUUCCCACUCCCGCACCUCUCUCCACCCUCACCAAAUCCCCCGCCCGCCUAUCCCUCCCCGCAAUUCCUGCUUCGUCUCCUCGUCCGCCGUGCCACGCGUCGUGCACUACCUUCGCCAGUAGACUGCCCCUGUCGACGCGUCCUCCGCGUGCACUCGCCGCGUCUCGUCGUUCGGAAGAUCGUUCAAGGCGUCUUGAGACACGACCCUCCAGCUCGGAUAGUGUCGCCGCCGAAUUCGCGAGUGUAGACAUGGCCACGUCGCGAGUGCUGAAGGAGAUUUCUCCGGCCGUGACGAAGAUCGGGUGGAUCGGCACGGGAGUGAUGGGAGCUGCCAUGUGCGGGCAUCUGCAGGCUGCAGGCUAUGCCGUGAGCGUCUUCAACAGAACUCCCAGCAAGGCAGCAGCGCUGGUGGGGCGCGGGGCGGUGCUGUGCGAGUCGCCGGCUGCUGUGGCCGCCAACUCCGACGUCGUCUUCAGCAUCGUCGGGUACCCUCACGAUGUGCGAGAGGUGGUGUUGGGGUCAGCAGGCGUUCUCUCCUCCCUCAGACCAGGAAGCAUUCUCGUGGACAUGAGCACGAGCCAGCCGUCAUUGGCCAGGGAGAUAGCAGCCGCGGCAGAGGCCAGGCAGUGCUGGGCGGUGGAUGCGCCAGUGUCUGGUGGGGACAAGGGCGCGCGAGAGGCGGCGCUGGCGAUCAUGGCGGGGGGGGAUGAGGCGGUGGUGCGAGCUUUGGAGCCUCUGCUGGCGUGCAUGGGGAAGUGCACCUACAUGGGGGCUUCAGGGGCGGGGCAGAGCUGCAAGAUGGCCAACCAGGUGACGAUAGCGAGCACCAUGGUGGGGCUGGUGGAGGGGCUGCUGUACGCACACAAGGCAGGCCUGCACAUCCCAACCUACCUGUCGGCCAUCUCCAAGGGUGCAGCGGGGUCGCGCUCUCUUGACCUCUACGCCAACCGCAUUCUCCAACGAGACCUCGACCCAGGUUUCUUUGUGAAGCACUUUGUGAAGGACCUGGGCAUUGCCCUUGAGGAGUGUCGUGCCAUGAACCUCUCCCUUCCGGGCCUCGCCCUGGCCCAGCAGCUCUAUGUGUCGCUGCAAGCGCACGGAGAUGGGGAUUUGGGAACACAAGCCUUGGUGCUAGCUCUAGAGCGGCUCAAUAACGUGCAGCUGCCCAAGGCUGCUCCCAACUAGGGUGUGCUGCUCCCAGAGUACUUGUACUGCAGAAAAUUGACCGUGGUGCACAUUGUACUGCAGUUCUGCAUCUUAGCUUCACGUCUAGUCCAACCCCAUAUGUCGCAAGCUGCCUUUGCCCCAUAUGUGGCAGUCCCUACUUUUGGGUGGGCUCCCAUUUUGGAACCCCUGAACACAGCCCAUCUUAUCAACUUACCCAGCGAUAUGUCUGGCAUGCGCUAGGUGUUAAAAUUAUAUAAGUUAUAAUUUAUAUAGGCUUGGUAGGUUGUUACUGAACCUUUCUGGGGUGUGUUAAAAUUAUAUAAGUUAUAAUUUAUAUAGGCUUGGUAGGUUGUUACUGAACCUUUCUGUAGGGGGUACAAACCCCUCCUUGUACUCCCCUCUCUUCUAAUCCAA